AUGAACUCUUCAAGUGUAGUAGUGGCAGCAAUGGCUGCUAUCAUGGUGUUUCUUUUACUCGCUCCAACUUCUGAUUCUGCGAUCUCCUGCAGUGAUGUAAUCAAAGACCUAAGGCCUUGUGUGAGCUACCUUUCGAAGGGCUCUGGGAAACCGCCUUCAGCAUGCUGUGCAGGAGCCGCAGCUCUUCAAUCUGCAGCAUCAACCACAGCUGAUAAGAAGGCAGCUUGUCAGUGCAUCAAGUCAGCUUCAAAGUCAAUAAAUCCAAAACCCCAGUUAGCUCAGGCUCUUCCUGCUAACUGCGGAAUCAGCUUGCCUUUCGCUGUUUCACCCAAUGUUGAUUGUUCCAAGAUUACUUAG